AUGGUCAACACCGAGUUGGACUUUCUCGAAAUUCGACUCAAGACCUUGUAUGAUUUUGUCGACUACUUCAUUAUCGUCGAGGCACCCCUUACCUUCCAGGGCGGGUCGAAAGAUCUCGUUAUUCGCGACAACUGGAAGCGCUUCGAAGCAUAUCAUGACAAGAUGAUAUAUCAUAAGCUCGAAUACCCGAAGGACUUCAAGCCUCUGCGUCACUGGGAUCGUGAAGACUUGCAGCGUAACGCCAUGUUUGAACAAGUCUUCCCAAAACUUACCGGUGAGCGAGUCCCAUCUCAGGGCGACGUCAUUCUGGUCGCCGAUGUCGACGAGGUUCCCCGUCCAGCAACAAUGCUUGUCCUUCGAACAUGCAAUUUCCCACGUCGUCUCACACUAUCCUCAAAAUUCUACUAUUACUCGUUUGAGUUUCUCCAUGACGGACCUGAGUGGCCAUUCCCGCAAGCGACCGACUAUCAAGGUAUGCGCAAGACAAUCUUGCCAGGGAACCUGCGUACUGGCGAUGGAGGCAUUCCUAUCCUACGUGAUCGGGAAAAGGGUGUGCUGGAGAAUGCGGGGUGGCAUUGCAGUUCAUGCUUCGCGACGAUGGAACAGUUUCUGAACAAGAUGGCCAGUUUCUCGCAUGCGUGGAUGAACCGUAAAGCAUUCCGCGACCGAGAUCGCAUUGCCCAUGCGGUACGUCAGGGUGUUGACUUAUGGGGGCGCAAGCAGGAUACUUUCACACGGAUUGAGAAUAAUGUUGACCUUCCCAACUGUUUACUCGAGGAACAAGAACGGUUUCGAUAUAUGCUAGAUCGAGAUGACGAGACAGCCGGGUUUUCGGACUACCCAUGA